GAAAAAUAGUCCUACUCUGCAAAUUAGAUAAACCGCCUUCAAAUUCUUCCGUCUCUCUCUCUCUCUCUCUCUGAAACGCAGAUAACUCGUUUUCUCUCUCUCAAUCCUUACCGGCAAUAAAUCAAAGAAUAUUCAAGCAUCGACAAGAGCAUGAUGAAGUUAAAGUUCGAAUACGAGGAGGAAUACAUAAGAAACUCGAGAGACGUUGAGUUGUUUGCUUGCAGAUGGGUUCCGUAUUCUUCUUCUCCCAAAGCUCUGAUCUUCCUCUGCCAUGGAUAUGGAAUGGAGUGUAGUGGCUUCAUGAGAGAAUGCGGGAUAAGGCUGGCAUCAGCAGGGUAUGCAGUGUUUGGGAUGGACUACGAAGGGCAUGGUCGGUCCAAGGGAGCUCGUUGCUACAUCAAGAAGUUCGGUAACAUUGUUAACGACUGCUACGACUACUACACCUCCAUUUCUGCGCAGGAAGAAUACCGUGAGAAAGGUAGAUUCUUGUAUGGAGAAUCAAUGGGAGGUGCAGUUGCCUUGUUGCUCCACAAGAAAGAUCCUUCUUUCUGGAACGGUGCCAUUCUCGUCGCUCCUAUGUGUAAGAUAUCAGAGAAGGUUAAACCACAUCCAGUGGUCAUAAACCUACUAACAAGAGUGGAAGAGAUUAUACCAAAAUGGAAGAUUGUUCCCACAAAAGAUGUUAUCGAUGCAGCUUUCAAAGAUCCGGUCAAGCGCGAGGAGAUAAGGAACAACAAGCUGAUAUAUCAAGACAAGCCAAGACUCAAAACUGCACUUGAAAUGCUUAGAACGAGCAUGAACCUCGAAGAAACUCUCCACGAGAUUACAUUGCCUUUCUUUGUCCUCCACGGUGAAGCAGAUAUUGUGACCGAUCCAGAGAUUAGCAAAGCUCUUUUCGAGAGAGCAAGCACACAGGACAAAACCAUUAAGCUUUAUCCAGGCAUGUGGCAUGGCCUGACUUCCGGUGAGCCUGACGCAAACGUUGACCUUGUUUUUGCUGACAUCAUCACUUGGCUUGACAUCCGGACCGGCGACUCCGCUUCUCUCACCGUCACUCCUGUACGGAAUUCUACAGCCAAUGUUCAAGAGGUCGUCGUUAGUAACGGUGGAGGGAAACCUAAACGGCAGCAUGCUAGUCUCCUUUGUGGGUUAAACGGUGGUGGACGGCGUUUGGUCCAUCGAUCUUCUAUGUAAUAAAUUAAACAGAGAAGAAUCUGUUUAACAAAUCUUGUGUUUUUUACAACUAUAUGGCAAUAUGGCAUCACUCAUCAGCCAUUAGGUAGAACCUAUGGACUCUUGUUCUAUGUCCUUUGGGAUAAUAAAAAAAAAAAUCAUU